GUGGUGGCUAGCAACAUAAUGUACGUGGUGGGCCAGUACCCGCGCUUUGUAAGGGCUUACUGGAAGUUUUUGAAAACUGGCACUUGGAAACUGUUGGAAUGCGUGGUGGCUAGCAACAUAAUGUACGUGGUGGGCCAGUACCCGCGCUUUCUAAGGGCUUACUGGAAGUUUUUGAAAACUGGCACUUGGAAACUGUUGGAAUGCGUGCAUCUAGGGUUUAGGGUGGUGGCUAGCAACAUAAUGUACGUGGUGGGCCAGUACCCGCGCUUUUUAAGGGCUUACUGGAAGUUUUUGAAAACUGGCACUUGGAAACUGUGGGAAUGCGUGCAUCUAGGGUUUAGGGUGGUGGCUAGCAACAUAAUGUACGUGGUGGGCCAGUACCCGCGCUUUCUAAGGGCUUAG